CAGGCAGCUGACUGGCCUGCCAAAAACCUAAACACGUCGAGGACCAGGGAGUGGCUUGUGCCAGAGCUGAAUAAUGAUGAUUCCAGCACACUUAUAAAGAGAAGCAGAGAGCUCACCAGAGCUGUUCCUUGCCGCCCUGGUCAUCUGCGGAGCAUCACUGUGCCUCGCCCACCAAGGUGCAUUUCCCACCUGCAUCCCAGUGCAGCCAUGCUGGGCACGGCAGUGCGGCUCUCGGUGCUGCUCAGCCUCUUCAGCGUUGGGAAAGGCCAGAUGUUUCACAUGGGACCGUGCCCAGAUCCAUCUGUUCAAGAAGACUUCGAUAUCAACAAGUAUUUGGGGAAAUGGUACGAGAUAGAGAAGCUGCCCUCAACUUUUGAGAAAGGAAGCUGCAUCCAGGCGAAUUACUCAUUGAAGGAGAACGGGAAGUUCAAGGUGAUCAACAAGGAGAUGCUUGCCAAUGGCAGAAUCAACGAAGCUGAAGGAGAGCUCAUGCACAUGGAUGUGAAGCAGCCGGCCAAGCUGGGCGUGCGCUUUAACUGGUUCAUGCCUGCUGCCCCUUACUGGGUCAUCUCCACUGACUAUGAGAAUUACUCCCUGGUUUACUCCUGCACUAACAUCCUCUGGCUCUUCCACAUGGACUAUGCCUGGAUUCUGUCAAGAGCUCCUGACAUGCACCCAGAAACCGUGGAGAACCUGAAGGGAGUUCUCCAGUCCUACAAGAUCGACACUGAUAAGAUGAUCCCCACUGACCAGGCCAACUGCCCUGCUGAGAUGUAACUCCUGGCAUGCAGUGACACAGCACCAGACCAGAGAUAAACUUUGCUGCUUGCUUUAUUAUCCAUUAGAAUUUCUCUGCGUACCUGAGAAUUUUAAUAACAUUAGUUUCCUCUUUGCUAACAGUAGUUUGCCAGCCCAGAUGUACUCCUUUCUGUCAUUCCCUGUAUUGCUCUUCCCCCUCUUUUUGUCUUUCUCUGAUUUUUGUAGCAUAACUGUCUGAGUCAGUGCUAAUGGGUGAAAGAAAAAAACCCUGCAGUGCAGACCUGAAACUCUGCUGCUGCUGUGAGUUCUCCAAUAUGGGGAUGGGAAAAGAUGUGAGAUGUGAUGUGCAAGUAUUAAUCCUGGGGAAAAAUCCUUUAUCACACAGCCCCAUGUUCAUUUCCAAAUUUUGUCUUGAUGUUUCUGGGCCUGCCAGGAAUCUGCAGUGUCUAAGCUACACUGUGGGCACUGCCUUAGCAUAGCAACAUCCAGACAUGGUGGGUCUAUGCAGCCAGGGAACUGAGGCUGGGAGGGUCUUGAAAGUUUCCCAAUGCAGGGCAGUAGGCAUACAUUGCUGCUAAGUCAGCAGACCUCCUUGCCAGAAAUCAGAUCUUGCCUUUUGUCUUUUAAAUCUAAAAAUGUCCAGAGAUCCAGCAUCACUCCAUCUCCAAUAUCUAUAUGUGUCCUCCUCUUGCCUCUAAUGAGGCUGGUCCGAGGGGCCAGCUCUGACUGUACUUGUAAGCAGGCAUAAAGAGAUGGGGCUGCUCCCUUGUUCUGUCUUCCAGAGGCUUUUCCCUGAGCAGCAGGAGACAGCAGGCUGUGCCUGACAUCCUGCACUGCUGCUGCCUGUGCCGGUGCCUGCUGGCGCUGCAUCUGCCCCGGCAGGUGCUCCGCAGGCACCACGACAGCUCUGCUUGGAUAGCACUCAUGCAACUCAUUAAAAAUGAAAUAAAAAUACCUGCUUCA